AUGAAAGUAAAUGGUUUCUUAUUGACAUCCCUACUUGGAUGUUCUAUUGCAACUGCCUCAAGCAAUCGGCCGUUAAUUCACUUAACACCUGAAAAAGGUUGGAUGAAUGAUCCUAAUGGGUUGUUUUAUGAUCGCGCGGACGAUGUCUGGCAUGCAUAUUACCAAUUUAAUCCGAACUCUACUGUUUGGGCUGAGCCCAUUAGUUGGGGUCACUCUAUUUCCAAAGAUCUAAGUACUUGGGAGGAGAAGGGCAUUGCUAUUGCUUCGAAUGACACCAACUCUGGGAUUUAUACAGGCUCUGUUGUAAUCGAUAGGAACAAUACUUCAGGAUUCUUCAACUCUUCUAUUGCAAACGAAAAAAGGAUUGUUGCCAUUUACACCUACAACACUCCAACCAGUGAAACUCAAGAAGUUGCCUAUUCUUUGGAUGGCGGGUUGACCUUUAAAAAGUACUCUGGCAAUCCUGUUAUUAACAUCAAUUCAACCCAAUUUAGAGAUCCAAAAGUGUUUUGGUAUCAGCCUAGUCAAACUUGGGUCAUGGCUGUUGCCCAAUCUCAAAAAUAUUCUGUUCAUUUUUACAACUCAAAGGACCUAAAGAAAUGGACCCUAGUUAGCGAAUUUAAACAACACGGUAUACUAGGUUAUCAGUAUGAAACACCAAACUUGGUGCAGGUUCCUAUCGUUGACAGCACCAAUUCAACGAAAACAUCAAAGUGGGUUUUGUUUGUUUCCGUUAACCCUGGUGCAUUAAUUGGUGGUUCUUUUGUUCAAUACUUUGUUGGUGAUUUUGAUGGCAAACAGUUUACUCCUGUUUCCAAUGCUACGCAGAUUUUAGAUUAUGGUAAAGAUUAUUAUGCUUUCCAAAUCGUUGAUAAUACCCCUUCGGAUGAAGUCAUCGGUAUGGCUUGGGCCUCUAAUUGGCAAUACUGUGCCAAUGUGCCUACAAGCCCUUGGAGGAGCUCAUUUUCUUUGGCCAGAAAUUUUACCUUGCAAUAUGCCAACACCAAUCCAGAGUCAGAGGUUUUGCAACUAAUAUCUACCCCAAUAUACAAUGGUUUGGCCAAGAAUGGUACCUCUUAUCAUUUGCAAAAUCAAUCUUUGGAAACAAACAGUAGUCUAACCUUUGACCUUUCUGGUGCCUCGAAUUUUACCACUGGUCUUUUUGAUUUUGAAUUAACUUUUUCUAGCAAUUCAAGUGCUUUUGGGAACGCUGAUUUUGCCGCCUUGGAUAUUUAUUUAAAGGGUGUCAACACCACUGAAUAUUUGAGAUUGGGAUUUGAGGGUAACGCAAAAGCUGUUUAUUUAGAUAGAUCUCACACUAACGUGAACUUUGUUGAGAGGAAUCCUCUUUUCUCAGGCCAGGUCUCUGUGGAUAUUGUUCCUGCUGAAACUUUGUCUGAUACGGUUAGUGUUUACAAAAUCCAAGGUAUUGUUGACAGAAAUAUUCUAGAACUUUACAUUAACGAUGGACAAUUUGUUUCUACAAACACAUUUUUCUUUAGUGAUGGUAAUUACAUAAAUACUAUCGAUAUCAGUACAGAGGUUAAUAAAACUUUCAAGCUUAUCGAUUUUCAAGCUGCCCAAUACUCCACCUGA